CGUCUUGGUUUAAAGAAUCACGGGGACAAGACUUUUGACGAUGACUUGAUUUCUGCCGACUGACUGAACUGAACCGCGGUUACCAGCAAAACUGCGUGUAUUGCGGAGUAAAGCGAAAUAAGUGCGAGUGAUUUGCUCCAAUUCGUCGUUGUGCAUCAAGAGUUUGUUUGUUAAAUCUCGGGUGAUAAAACACAACGUUGAGAGAAAAAAUAAAAUAAAAUAAAACAGAGAUCUCUUUAGAUUCUCUAGAUUAAUUAGCAGUUUAUUAUUACUAAGUCAUAUAACUGGUCACAAUUUUGUCAUUCAAACGACUCACGACUUUACUGAAAUUUUCGAUCCAAGAUGAAGCGACAACAAUUUCAAGAACAGCAGAAGCAACAACAGCAGCAACAAGCUAUCAUGCAAGAACAACAGCAACAAUACAUCCAGCAACGGACGGAAAGACAAAUCACGCGACAACAAAUCACCAGUCAGCAGAGAGUUCAAGGGGAGAUCGUUAUGCAAACGACGCCAACGGUACCAGCAUUUACGGGUAAACCCGGGGAUCCCUCACCACCGAUUUUCGAGCGAAUCUUCAAAAAUGCGAGAUUUGCGCAGGGCGGCAACGCGAUUUUUGAAGGCUGUGUUCGUGGUAAUCCGAGACCGUCAGUUUCUUGGACACAUAAAGGAGUGCUGUUGCUAGAAUCACGAAAGAUCCGAAUGUCUUAUGAUGAAAAGUCAGGAAUUGUCACACUCCAAAUUAAUCAGAUCGGUCCAGGGGACGAGGGCGAGUACACAUGCAGUGCAAAAAACCAAUAUGGCGAAGCUAUUUGCUCAGUUUACAUACAGCCAGAGGGAUUUGGUCCUCCAACGCAACAACUAACAGAUAGUCACAAGAAAGAAUUUACGCAAAGCUUUCAGACGAGUGAACAGAAAAUGCAAACUGGAAGUCAAGUCUUCCAACAACGCAGUUAUCAACAAACAACCGAUAAACGAAGUUACGUUAAUGGCACAACUACGAGCGUUGAAGAUUUUAAGGUGGACACUUUUGAAUAUAGAUUGUUGCGCGAAUUGGAGUUUCGUGAAUCAAUUACUCGCCGUUUCGCGGGUGAAUCUGACUUGCAAAUAUCUACGACAAUUGAUCGUACCUUAGGACCGGUUACACCUCCACAAAUCACUCAGAAACCCAGAAACUCGAAGCUCGUUGAAGGAUCGGACGCUGUCUUCACCGCAAAGAUAACUGGCAAUCCGAAACCAAGAUUAACAUGGUUCAAGAAUGGACAGAGAAUUCGAGAUUCUCAACGUGUGGAGACGAGCUAUUCAAAUCAACAGGCUACUUUACGAAUUCGAGUCGCUCUGCCGGAAGACAGCGGCCAUUAUACAUUAUUGUCUGAGAAUCCUCAAGGUUGUACCGUUAGUUCCGCUUAUCUCGCAAUUGAGUCCAGCGAUCAAGUAGAUCAAGUUCCGUAUCAAGCGCAUCAAAGGGAAUUUAUUAAGACUCAACAAGUAGAGUCGACCAUUGAAUCUACUGACUCUAGCAAAGUUCUGCCACCGAAUUUUGUUCGUACAAUCACGGAUAAGGAAGCUACCGAAGGCAAAAUGACGCGAUUCGAUUGUCGCGUAACUGGACGUCCCUAUCCCGAAGUUACCUGGUACAUAAACGGCCAACAAGUCGCCAAUGACAUGACUCACAAAAUCCUUGUGAAUGAAUCUGGUAACAAUUCGUUGAUGAUCACAAACGUGAAUCGCGCCGACGCUGGCGUAGUAACAUGCGUUGCUCGGAAUAAAGCUGGCGAGACUUCUUGUCAAUGCAACUUAAAUGUCAUUGAAAAGGAACAAGUAGUUGCGCCGAAAUUUGUCGAACGUUUUGUUACAACAGGCGUAAAAGAGGGAGAACCCGUGGUCUUUAUGGCACGCGCAGUCGGCACGCCCAUUCCACGUAUCACGUGGCAAAAGGAUGGCGUACCAAUAACGCCUGGCCCUGAAAUACGUAUAUCGAGCGAUGGUAACGGAGCUUCAACUUUGGAUAUCCCGUGCGCCAAAUUUUCAGAUGCAGCCUGGUACCAGUGUACAGCUCAAAAUGUAGCCGGCUCCACCGCAACUCGAGCACGGCUUUUCGUUGAGACGCCAAAAGGAACGACCCCGGAACCAAGACGCCUGAAUUUACCCCGACCAACGAAAAUCAUCGAACCAGAACCAGCGCCUGGCCCCGAAGUGAUUUACUUGAGACAUGUGGAACGCGCGAAACCCUAUUUGCCGCCCGCCGAAGAGGACAAAGUUUAUCCCCCGCCGUGUUUCAUUAUACCGCUAAAAGACGUUCAUCAGAUCGAAGGUGGACGAAUUCACUUCGAGGCCAGAAUCGAACCGGUGGGCGACCCCACUAUGAGGGUGGAGUGGUAUGUAAACGGCAGAGCACUCGAUGCGAGUUCCCGAGCAACUUCCGUCUUUCGCUUUGGUUUUAUCUCACUCGAUCUCAUUAGCAUCGUUCUUCAAGAUAGCGGCGAGUACUUGUGUCGCGUUGUAAGCUCGACGGGAGUCGCUGAAUCUCGAGCCACCCUCAGUGUAACACCACGUGCCACUAUUGAACAAGCAAGCCAAUACCCCGAUAGUCUCCAGUACAUUCAACAACUUGAGGAUUACAGCAAGUAUCAAAGACAAGAGAGCGCGGAGGAGACCUCUUCACAGCGGCCGGUUUUCAUCCGUCCGCUCCAGGAUCUUGGUGAGCUACAGGAAGGUCGUAACGCCCAUUUCGAGGCGCAAUUGACACCUGUUAGCGACCCCACCAUGAAAGUGGAGUGGUACAAGGAUGGAAAACCAAUCACAGCCAGUUCAAGAAUCACUAGCAUCUUUAACUUCGGAUACGUCUCACUCAAUAUAAUGCACCUACGGGCUGAAGAUGCAGGUUCUUACACUGUCAGAGCUGUGAACCGCUUGGGAGAGGCCAUCAGCUCCACGACUCUUCGUGUCUUUGCGCGAACAAGCGUUACAACAGACUUGGGUAUUCCCGAACAACUGAGAUACAUAGAGGCUGCCGAGGAAUUGGAAGCGUAUCAACAGGCGAUGCACCAAAAGUACGUGCAGGAACAGCCUGAACCGAGUAGCCCACCGGAAUUUAAAUCACCUAUUAAGGAUCAGAGCGGCAUUAGAGAAGGCGGAUUCGCUCAUUUUGAGGCGCGUCUCGAACCAAUCGGUGAUGCCGAUCUCCGUGUCGAGUGGCUGAAAGACGGACGACCCGUAGAAGCUAGUUCUCGGAUUACAACCUUCUUCAAUUUUGGUUACGUGGCGUUGACCAUCAAAUACGUAACGAUACACGAUGUUGGCGUGUACACUUGCCGAGCCUACAAUAGAGCCGGUGAGGCUCACACUACCGCUCAAUUGAGUGUGAUCAGCAAGAAUGAUGUUAUUUAUGACAGCCAGCAUCCUACUGGUCUCCAAAAAAUUCAGUCUCUCGAAGAUUCGAGUAGAUACUCGCGACAGGUUCAGGAAGAAACGCAGAUUACCCAGGCACCACGAUUCCUGGGUAAUCUUAAAGGUACUAAUAAGAUCGUAGAAGGUCAACGGGCGCACUUUGAAGCACGUGUCGAACCUCAAAGUGAUCUGAGUAUGAAGAUCGAGUGGUACCACAAUGGUAAACCCAUUACUGCCGCUAAUAGAAUCCAGACGUAUCACGACUUCGGAUACGUUUCCAUUGAUAUCCUUCAGGUUCGCUCUGAAGACACUGGCACAUACACCGUUGUGGCAAGAAACGCCCGUGGAGAAGCUCGUUUAUCCGCCACCAUGACUGUAGAGACACGUUCGAGCGUAGAUACCAGCAGCAUGCAUCGCGGCACUUAUGAGAAGACUCAACGUUUAGAAGAAUCCAAGUUUGUCGAGCCGCAAUAUCAUAUCGAAGAGAUCUCCAAAUCAAAACCAAUUUUUAUCCAGCCGUUGAGUGAUCCUAAGCCAGUUAGCGAGGGGAAAAAUAUUCACUUAGAGUGUCGUCUGGAACCGAUGGGCGAUCCUACGAUGAGAGUUGAAUGGUUCCAAAACGGACGUCCGGUCACAGUCGGCUCCAGAUUCAGAACUUACUAUGAUUUCGGAUUCGUCGCACUCGAUAUAGUACACGCUACCGUUUACGAUUCUGGUGAAUAUACAGUCAGAGCUACUAAUCAUCUGGGUACCGCGCAUACUUCAGCUUGCGUCAGAGUUAUCGGAAGAUCUGACAUCGUCACCGAAACGCAAAAUGAACAAUCGCUUGAGCAAAUACAAAUGUUGGAAGAUUCAUCAAGGUAUCGCAAAAUUCAACAGGAGGAAGUCACUGUGAUGCAAGCACCUCAGUUCACUCGACCUCUACACAAUAUUGAGACGGUAGAACUAACCAACGUUCAUCUCGAAUGUCGUCUUCAGCCAAUUGGCGAUGCGACCAUGAAAGUCGAUUGGUUCGUUAAUGGUAGACCUGUCAAAACUGGUCAUCGAUUCAGACCAUCUUAUGAAUUUGAUUACGUGGCUCUAGACAUUCUUGGCGUUUAUCCUGAAGACUCUGGUGUAUAUACCUGUCAAGCUAGAAAUCAGCUCGGCGAAGCGGUUACUUCGUGCUCUGUAAGAGUACACGCCAAGAAGGAUUUACUUCUAGAGUCUCAACAUCCCGAAGGAUUGGAAAGAAUACAAUACUUGGAAGAUGCUUCACGAUACAAAAGGCAUGAACUAGUGGAUGAAGUCGUCAAUGUAAAGCCGAAAUUUAUUACAAAACCGAAAAACCAAGAAAAUCUUCGAGAAGGACAACAUGCUCAUUUCGAGUGCAAACUGGAGCCGGUAACGGAUCCGAAUUUGAAAGUCGAGUGGUUUAAGAAUGGUCGUCCAGUAACGAUAGGACACCGCUUCCGUCCAAUUCAUGAUUUUGGUUACGUUGCAUUGGAUGUAAUUGAUUUGAUUGCUGAGGAUUCUGGGACAUAUACUUGUCGUGCUGUUAAUCUGGUAGGAAGUGACGAAGUACUCUGUACUUUAACGUGUCGCUCAAGCGCACAAAUAUUAACGGACACGCAAAAUGAGCUUGGACUUGAGCAAAUUCACUAUCUUGAGGAUAAAUCCAAAUAUCAUAGACAAGAAGUUAUUGAAGAAACUACCACUCAGGCGCCUAUUUUCACAACUUCAUUGAAUAAUGUCGAGAUAAAAGAGGGCCAGCGAGCACAUUUUGAAUGUAGACUAAUUCCGGUAUCCGACGCAACAAUGAAAAUCGAAUGGUUCCAUAAUAAUAAACCAGUAAAAGCGGGCUCGAGAUUCGUCGAGACAAACAGCUUUGGUUUCGUCGCUCUCGAUAUUAUGUACGCGUACCCCGAAGAUUCUGGGACAUAUACGUGCAGAGCUAAAAAUAUUAUUGGCGAAGCUAUCACUUCUGCAACCGCCAUCGUUCACUCUAAAAAAUCAAUCUACACAGAGACUCAGAGUGAAGAAACUCUUCAACGUCUUCGCUCGUUGGAGGACACCUCUCGUUAUCAACGUAAAACUGCAACCGAGGAAAUUAUUACGCAAGCUCCGGUCUUUACGAUGCCAAUAAAAGAUCUCCGUGUUGCUGAGAAUCAGGCAGCACAUUUCGAGGCACGUGUUAUCCCAGUUGGAGAUCCUAAACUCAAGGUGGAAUGGCUACGUAACGGAGUUCCUAUUUCAGCCUCAAAUCGUGUAACGACCAUGCACGAUUUUGGAUACGUCGCCUUGAAUAUGAAGUACGUCAAUCCCGAAGAUUCAGGCACUUAUACAUGUCGUGCUAUAAACGAACUUGGAGAAGCAGUUACUUCAGCAACAUUGUUCGUUCAAUCCAAGGCAGCCUUGCAGUUCGAAUCGCAACAUGAGAGCGCUUUGUCGAAACUUCAAGCCCUGGAGGAUACCACAAAAUAUCAACGUCGUGAGGAGGAGGAGAUCCUGAUAAAAGACAAGCCAUCCUUUACGGUUCAACUGAACGGACCUACCAGUCUAGCCGAAGGACAAAGCGCACAUUAUGAGUGCCGCAUAGAACCUUAUCCCGAUCCCAACAUGAAGGUGGAAUGGUUUCACAAUGGCAAACCACUAUCCACCGGUCACAGAUACAGAACUACCUGUGACUUUGGAUUCGCAUCGUUGGAUGUAUUGACCGUAUAUGCCGAGGAUUCGGGCACGUAUACUUGUCAAGCCACCAAUAAAUUGGGAUCGGCGAGGAGCUCGAUUAAUCUUAAUGUGAAGUCUCGAGCAUCAAUUAUUCACGAUACCCAACAUGAGAGCGCAUUGAAAAAGAUACAAUACCUCGAAGAUGAUUCAAGAUAUAAACGAGUGAUCGAAGAAGAUACGAUCAUCGUCGGAUCAUUCACAGGAGUCAAUGUAGCUUCGAGAUGGGCACUUUUGCCUUCUGGAAGGUGUUCAAUAUUCUUCAAUGGUCGUCCGAAAGUUGGCUUCUCCGCGAUGAUCGUUGAAUGGUUUAGAGAUGGACGUCCUAUUCCUCAAGGACAUAAAUUUAAGACAACCUACGAUUUCGGAUAUGUCGCUCUCGAUAUUCUUUAUGCUUAUCCUGAAGAUUCGGGUACUUAUAUGUGCAAAGCAAGAAACGCUGCUGGCGAAGCAGUCACUACUUGCGUGAUCAGCGUAGAUUCAAAACAAGGCUUAUAUCUCGAUACAUUGGAUGCACAACGUUUGCAAAAGAUUCGAGAAUUGGAAACUGUCGAAGUCAAAGAAGAGAUCGAAAAAGAGGUUAUUCAUCAAAAACCUGUGUUCUUAACACCAUUGAACAAUCUGGAUCAUCUCAAGGAAGGCGAGCAUGCUCAUCUGGAAUGCCGUGUAGAGCCGAUUAACGACCCGAAUUUAAAAAUUGAAUGGUUUGUCAAUGGCGUUGCGAUUAAAACUGGUCAUCGCUUCCGUACAACGCAUGAUUUUGGCUAUGUGGCUCUUGAUAUUCUUUAUACCUAUCCUGAAGAUUCCGGUACUUACAUGUGUAAAGCAACCAAUCUGGCUGGCGAAGCAGUUAACACUUGUACUAUCAAAGUCAGCUCGCGACGGAGUAUUCUUUUGGAUACCCAACAUCCGGAUGGUCUGGAAAAGAUUCGAGAAUUAGAGGCCCAGGGUCAUCCUGCACGAUUGGAAAUCGAGGAACCGCCAGUAACACCACCGAGAUUUGUCACUGAGCUUAGGGGCACAACCGAAGUAUACGAGGGGCAAACAGCUCACUUCGAGUGCCAAGUAGAGCCUUUGCAUGACGCAAAUCUAAGAAUCGAAUUCUUCCACAAUGGUAAACCAUUACCAUCGGCAGCGCGUUUCCACGUGACUUUCGAUUUCGGCUAUGUGGCUCUGGACAUUGGUCAUGCCGUACCCGAAGAUGCAGGACAAUAUUCAGUGCGGGCGAUUAACGCGUUGGGACAAUGCGUAUCAUCUAUCGAGCUUAAAGUAAUUCCACGAGAUAGCAUUAUUAUGGAUUCUCAACGGCCCGAAGGAAUGGACAAAAUCCGAGAGCUCGAGGCCCAACAGCCAUGGAAAAGACCGGAUAUUCCAGAGCCUCAAACACGACAGCGGCCAGUCUUCACUCAACCAUUGCAAAAUAUUGAUAGCAUUGCCGAGGGUCACACCGCACAUUUCGAAUGUAGACUCAUACCCGUGGGUGAUCCUAUGCUUAAAGUGGAAUGGUUCAGAAACGAAGUGCCCCUUGAGACAAGUUCGCGGAUAACAAAGGUGCACGACUUUGGCUAUGUAUCUCUGGAUAUCGCUCACGUGCGUGACGAAGAUGAAGGUGUUUACAUGUGCCGGGCGUCUAAUCCAUUGGGUGAAGCGGUUACCACAGCUUCAAUGAAGAUUAAAACUAAGGCGAGCAUACAGUUAGAUACUCAGCAUCCGGAGGCGCAACGUAGAAUCGCUCAGCUGGAAGCCAAGGAAGCUGGACGACCCGAGGAGCCGGAAAAGAUUUUUGAUAAACCAAUUUUCACGCAGUUGCUAACUGGGCCAACUGAACUUUGGGAAGGACAAAUGGCUAGAUACGAAUGCAGAGUCGUUCCUGUCGGCGACGCGAGUUUAAGAUUCGAAUGGUAUAUGAACGGAGUCGAAUUAAAAAUGGGUUCACGCUUCCAUGUAAGUCACGAUUUCGGAUACGUAACGUUAGAUAUUCUAAAAGUUAUUCCCGAAGACUCUGGAGUAUAUACUUGCAAAGCGAUUAACAAUGCGGGAGAGGCGAUAUCGUCAAUUUCCCUGAAAGUAAAAGCACGUUCAGCUAUCAGUUCCGACAGCAUACAAACGGACGCGUGGCAGAAAAUUCAAUUGAAGGAAGCCGAAAUGAAUAAAGUGCCGGAAAUGUUUGUCGACACAACGCCGCAGCAAGCACCAGUUUUCACCAAGCAUCUCGAAAGCUUCGACAAGCUGAUAGAGGGUCAACGUGUCUAUUUGGAAGCUCAAGUGGAGCCGCGGGCGGAUCCGAAUUUAAGAGUGGAAUGGUUCAAGAAUGGUGUAUCACUCCAGACUGGGACGAGGCUUCGUAGUACGUUUGAUUUCGGUCUGGUAACGUUGUCGAUCAACGGGCUAAGACCCGACGAUUCGGCAAUUUACACAUGCAAAGCAACUAAUCUUUUGGGAGAAGCCGUGUCAACUUGUAGCUUGAAAAUUGCCGAUCGUCACUGGUUAUUGGGAGAUACCUUGCAUCCUGACGCUCUGCCGAAAAUCGAUGCUUUGGAGCAGCCUCAGAUAAUCUCUACCGAGCAACCGGAACCUACUUAUGAAGAACCGGUUUUCAUUACUCAUUUAAAUAACGUAGAAUGCAUCGAAGGUGAUAACGCUCACUUUGAAUGCAAUGUAGAACCGUCGAAAGAUCCAACUAUGAAGAUUGAAUGGUUCUUGAACAAUAAACCCUUGCCGACCGGUGCGAGAUUUAAGAGCACCUAUGAUUUUGGCUACGUGGCUCUGGACUUGACUCACGCUUAUGAAGAAGAUUCUGGCGUGAUUACCGUUAAAGCCACAAAUUCAAAAGGAAGUGCACAGACAUCUGGUACCUUGAAAUGCACCAGCAAGCAAAAUAUUUAUCUUCAAACGCAACAUCCACAAGGAGAAAUCGGACUUGAGAAAGUAAAAGAAGCCGAAGAUGCUUACCUAUCGAAAUACAAAAAACCGGAAGAAGCUCCUGAGCAUGAAUAUCCUAAACCGAUCUGGACGGUGCCUCUUGGGCCUGAGUUUAAACUAGGAGAGUCCGAACCGUUACAUCUAGAGGGACAAGUCGAGCCAAAGGAUGAUCCGAAUUUAAGGAUCGAUUGGUAUUUCAAUGGGAAACCUUUAGAACAUGGUUCACGUUUCAAAAUGACUAGCGAUUUUGGAUUUGUCACUUUGGACUUGACGGACGUUUACGAGCGUGACUCUGGUAUUUACACUUGCAAGGCCUAUAACAAAGCGGGCGAAGCUUUUACUUCGACGACAAUUUAUUGUUCCACAAAAGAAAAUAUCAUUGAAAAGUCGCAGCAUCCCAAAGGCAAGGAAGGUCUCGAAGCGAUCCAAGAUCUGGAGGAAUCUUUGAAACGGCAAGAAGGAGUUCCCCUAGGAGACGAAGAAGGUCAACCACCGAUGUUUACAUCACAAUUUGAGAAUUUGACCAAUCUGUCGGAAGGAGAGAUCGCUCACUUCGAAGCAUCUCUCAUCCCUACUGGUGAUCAAACUAUGGUGGUUGAAUGGUUCUAUAAUGGCAAAUCUUUAGAAGCUAGUCACCGCACGAGAACCGUUUACGCUUUCGGCAUGGUUGUCCUCGAAGUUCUCGGCACUAAAAUAGAAGAUUCGGGUACUUAUACUUGUAGAGCCACCAACAAAUGGGGUAAAGCAGAAAUUAGCGUGCAACUAGAAUGCAUCGACAAGUCCAAGGGACAGAAACCUAAAUUCACGACGCAGAUUCAAUCCUUGGAGGGUUUAAAGGAUGGUCAAUCGGCUCACUUUGAGUGUACUCUGAUCCCAGUGGGUGAUCCUCAUAUGAAAGUCGAGUGGUUCCACAAUGGAAAGCCUCUACGGCACUCGUCACGUUUCAAGAUGGUCUCUGAUUUUGGCUUCGUAGUUAUGGAUAUUGCCGGCGUGAUGUCUCACGACAGCGGAGAAUACGUUUGCAAAGCUAGCAAUAAAUAUGGCGAAGAUUAUACAAAAGCCACGAUCAAGUGCUUCGGCAAAAGCGGAGUUUACUUAGAUUCUCUGCAGCCGGACUCGCUCGCUAGAAUUCGAGAGCUCGAAAGUUAUACCGGAGAGCAAGUAACUACACCUACGGCUCCCGUCGCUGAACCACCGAAAUUCAUUACGCAGAUCGCUGACAUUACGAAGCUGGUAGAAGGGCAGUCCGCACAUUUCGAGGCCAGACUGACCCCGGUGACUGAUCCUGACUUGAAAGUCGAGUGGUAUUACAAUGGCAAGAAACUUCCUCACGGCCAUCGAUACCGCACCUUCCAUGACUUUGGUAUUGUUAUCUUGGACAUCCUCUAUUGUUACGAAGAGAAUUCCGGAAUUUACGAAUGUAAGGCCGUUAACAAGUAUGGCGAAGAUUCUACAAGAGCAACGCUCAAAUGUUUCUCCAAAGCUAAUCUCGUUUUGGAAUCGCAACUUCCUAAGGGCAUGGAAGGCGGCCUAGAGAAAAUCCAAAAUCUCGAAGACUCGAUGAUAGUCGAGUGGUUUUGGAAUGGUAAACCAUUGCGAACAGGAUCUCGCUUCCGGACUUUUUGCGAUUUUGGUUUUGCCAUUUUAGAAAUCUCUCCUAUCUACCCUGAAGACUCUGGCGAAUAUAGUUGUAGAGCGACAAAUGAUUACGGCGAGGCAGUGACGACCUGCACGAUGAAGUGUACAGGCAAACGUAGUAUUAUUUUGGAAUCUCAGUUACCCAAAGGUAUGGAGAGUACGAUUGAUAAAAUCGCUGAGUUGGAAGGUCUUGGGGCAGUUUCGGGUCAGAUCAGUCCCGAGGAUGACACUGGUAGACCGCCAGAAUUUAUCACGACUCCUUCCGACUUAACUCUGGCCGAAAACUCUCUUGCUCACUUCGAAUGCCGGCUACAGCCGAUUAACGAUUCCAGCAUGAGAGUCGAAUGGUUCCACAACGGCAAGCCUCUUCUCGCCGGUAGUAGAGUCAAGACGAUUCAUGACUUUGGUUUCGUCAUUCUAGAAGUUGCAAAUUGCUAUCAACGCGAUUCCGGCUUAUAUACCUGUAAAGCCACAAAUCGUCAUGGCGAAGCCACAGUAUCGUGCAAGCUUCAAAUUCGCGGGCGUCAAGGUAUAAUCCUGGAGCCUCAAUUACCGAGUAAUUUUAAAACCGGCACAGAAAGUAUUCAGAAAUUGGAAGAGUCCCUAUAUAAGAAAGACGAGAUCUUGGCGGAGGAAGAAACGCCGAAUCCACCGAGAUUUAUUGUCGAACUUAAAGAUAUCGAAGUCGAGGAAGCUGGACCGAGUCACUUCGAUUGUAGAGUCGAGCCUGUGGGUGAUCCUACUAUGCGUAUCGAUUGGUUCCACAAUGGACGACCCUUCGCGACAGGCUCUCGUGUUCAUCAAAUUAACGAUUUUGGAUUUAUAUCAUUGGAUAUGUCGUACACGUAUGCACGAGACAGCGGCGAAUACGUCUGCAGAGCUACUAACAAGUGGGGCACUGCUACGACCAAGGCCACCAUUACUUGCAAAUCUAAGAAAACGAUAGACUUUGACUCUCAAUUGCCAAUGGGAAUGAGCGGCGAAAAGCUAAAAGAGCUGGAGCGAGGACCGGUCUCUCAAGCUCCCGCGGAAGAAGCACCGCGACAACCGCCUCGUUUCAUCACGCAAAUCCAAUCAACAACUGUCGACGAAGGUGAACCGGUCAGAUUCGAAUGCCGUGUAGAGCCUAAAGAGGAUCCGAAUCUACGCAUCGAGUGGUACAGAAAUGGUAAAUUGAUACCUGCUGGGCACAGAUAUAGAACGGUUUACGAUAUGGGAUUUGUGUCGAUGGACAUUUUAUAUGUCUAUCCCGAGGAUUCUGGUGAAUACGUUUGCAAAGCCAUCAACGACCUUGGAGAAGAUAACACUCGAGCUGCCGUAUCUUGCAAGAAAUUACCGAGCAUCAUUCUGCAAAAUCAAGUACCAAAAGGUAUGAAAAAAUCCGAGGCCUUGAUGCAAAUGGAAGCGACAAUUAAAAAGUAUACUUCGGAAAUUCAUUUAACUGAAGACGAUCUAUAUGAUGCGGAUAAGAAGCAACCACCUCGUUUCGUCACGCAGAUUCAAGAUCAGACCGAUCUUAUUGAAAUGAAUAGUACCAAGUUCGAAUGCCAAUUGGCGCCCGUGGGUGAUCCAAAUAUGAAGGUCGAAUGGUUCUUUAACGGGAAACCAUUGCCCCAUAAAAAUCGAUUUACGCCUAUUUAUGACUUUGGCUAUGUAGCUAUGAACUUUGGUUGGGUCUAUCCAGAAGAUAGUGGCGAGUAUCUAUGUCGAGCUACAAAUCUUUAUGGAAUGGACGAGACUAGAGCUAUAAUCAAAACUGCGGGAAAACCAGGAAUUAUCUACGAGUCUCAACUUCCAAAAGGCAUGAAGAGCAUCGAGAAAAUUAGAGAAAUGGAAGCAGCAUGGCAAAUUGUACCCGAAGAGGAAGGUGAAGAAGAAAAAGUACGCUCGGCGCCUGUUUUCGUGAGCAAACCAGAACCGGUAACGGUCGAAGAAGGUGAUUGGUCUAGAUUCUGUUGUCGAGUCACUGGACACCCAAGGCCUCGAGUUAUGUGGGUAAUCAAUGGACAUACGGUAGUUAAUGGAUCCCGCUAUAAACUAACAUACGACGGCAUGUAUCAUUUGGAUAUACCAAAGACCAGACAAUACGAUCAUGGUAAGGUGGAAGUGAUUGCAAGGAGCUCCGUUGGCGAAGCACACACGGAAACGACUCUAACGGUCAAGCAGCGAAGCGACGACUACCGUGGUGUAUUGAAAAAUUCACCAAGACCGUGGUACGAUUAUGGGCUAACACAAUAUCAGUCCGAGCGGCAAGACACAGAAUUGGAGCGUGCAUUCGACGAACGUCAUCAAAGCGUUUCUCAAGGAAUCGAAAUUGCCACAGAACAUCUUGGUACUAAAGUUAUCAAAGAGCCUGAGACCGAGUGGCAGAAAUCCGUCAAGAGCAAAAAGAAGGAAGGUUAUUACAAUAAACUGAUGAAUCUCGAAGAAGAACAAAUGCUUAAAGAGACCAGAUUAAGGGAAGCUUCGCAUCAAUUCGCUAUUCCCGGCGACAAAGUUGUCGCACAUUCCUUAGCAAAAGGAAUGGCCCAAAAGUAUGAGGAAAGCUUAGAGGAGCAACCUCAGCAAGAACAACCACCGAUACAACCACCUCCGAAAUAUGUGAAAAAACCGUUUGUUACCGAGGUGGAUAUAGACACAGAACGAGUUAAGGCCACAGGAAAAUAUCCUCCGGAACCGUCCGAAUCCACAGUUCAUGGUCGCGAAGUUCAUGUUGCUAAACAAAAACAAACACAAAAGGAAGUUAAGGGUGACGUAGAAAUAACGAGAAAAAUUACUGCAACAGAGACUACAGAAGUAGAACACAAAGCAAAGACGCAAGAACGCAUGGUGCAAGGUCAAGUCAAACCUGCCAAACCGCCUGUUUUCACGAAGAAGAUUCAACCUUGUAGAGCAUUUGAGCAGGAACAGGCCAAAUUUGAGGUUGAAUUCGAUGGCGAUCCACUACCGACCAUCAAGUGGUACCGCGAAGAUUUUCCUAUACAAAACUCAGCCGACCUUCAAAUUUAUACCUUCAGCACCAAAUCGGUGUUAAUUAUCAGACAAGUUUUUAUGGAAGAUUCUGGUGUCUUUUCCGUAAUCGCUGAAAAUAGAGGAGGAAAAGCCAAAUGUAGCGCCAAUUUAGUCGUAGAGGAACGUAGAAGGCAGCCUGGACGAGGUGGCGCGGUACCACCCAGUUUCUUAUCCACGAUCCAAUCUGUUUCUGUUGCUACUGGACAACUCGCCAGAUUCGACGCCAAAAUUACCGGCACUAAACCUCUGGAUGUUUAUUGGCUCAAGAACGGCAAAAAGAUAACAGCGGAUAUCCGUUACAAGACUUUGGAAGAAGAUAAUAUUUAUACACUUUUGAUCCUGGAAACAGUACCAGAGGACACUGGCAAAUACGAAUGUGUUGCGAUUAACAGUGCCGGAGAGGCACGUUGCGAAGCGGAAUGCACUGUUCGCGGACCUCAAUCUCCAACAAAGGUCGCGAAACCUACAACGCCAACGGUAGAAAAAGCACCAACUGUUCUAGAGCCAUUAAGAGAUCAAACCAUUAAGGAAGGAACUUCCGUCGCUUUCGCCUGUAGGAUCACAGGAAAACCUGUUCCUACUAUACAAUGGAAGAAAGCUGAUAAGGUCAUCAAACCAUCAAGGUACUUUCAAAUGCAAAAAGAAGGUGAUUUCUGUACUCUGAAGAUUUCUGAAGCCUUUCCCGAAGACGAAGGUGUUUAUAAAUGCAUCGCUAAAAACCCGGCUGGUGAGAUCACGACGUCUGCCAAUCUAAGAGUUCUCGCGCCCGACACAGCUGAUAUCCUGCCAAAAUUGACACCUUUGAAGGAUCAGAUAGUGGUAGAAGGACAGCCAGCUCAAUUUAAAACUCAAGUGAGUCCGGCAAAGCCUAAACCAACGAUUCAGUGGUAUCGAGAGGGUGCCUUGAUCCCACAAUCACCAGACUUCCAGAUGAUUCACGAAGGCAACAAUGCGGUGCUACUGAUAGCAACCACCUACGAGGAGGAUACUGGCAUCUUCACUUGUCGCGCUACAACUUCAGCCGGUACCGUAGAAACGUCCGCCAAACUCAUCGUCAAAAGUAAGAACUGAAUCAAAGAUAUAGAUUCGAUUGCUAACACGACACGCGAUUGUUCUUAUAUUAUAUACAUCUCCGAGAAUUGCCGGGGACGAACGUAUACUCGAGACAGUGGCAUGACAAAUUAAUUAACAUUAACAAGUCAAUAAUAUUAGUGGAUUAAUGUAAGUCUAUUAAAUCUUGGAAAAGGUAAUAUUAACUCUUUUAGUCUAUACUGCCUAUUAGUAUAUAUGUCUUACAUAUUGAUUAAAUUUCAAUUAUCACGUAACUCUUUAUCUUUGGAUAUCUGCAUAAGCGUAACAGCUUGAUGAAAGAAUUACAAAUUAUUAUAGUUUUCGAACAAAUUAGUUCUUUGUUCUUCAAUAGCAAUAAUACAGCAAAACGGAUAUAAAACUGAUGUUGAUGUGGAGUGAUCAUUGAACUUAAGAAUUCUUCCAAUACAUAAUUGACCAUUGCUAAUGUAUACACCAAUUUCCGUCUAACGUGUUCAUUGCGACUAACGUCUUUACAUCGUCUCAAGUAGAGCCGUCUCCGCGCAGCGCGAUUCGCAAUCCGUAAAUAGCUACUCGUAUUUUUACUUUUGUGCUUUAUUGUUGCUUUCCUUGAAAUAACGUAACAUACCGACCUGUCUUGCUAGAUUUCUCAACUUCCAUCUCAAACAAAUCUCCUCUAAUAAAAAAUAUCGUGCGCGCCCGGGGAGUUUGUACUAACUUAUCAUAUUUUGCGAAUAGCUGAGCGAGUGAAACGAGAAGUAAUUAAUAAUAAUAGGUUGUUGAGAGGCUGCAUUAUAAAAUUGCAAACUUUGCGUGAAAAAAAUAUCUCAAGACAUAUCAAGUAUAUGAAGAUCGCAAAAAUGAUGCCGAAAUUAAGGUGCUGCAAAAUUAAAAUAAGAGUUGAAAUUUGUAAUGAAAUUUGUAAUAAAAUUUGUAAUGAAAUCGAUCGGAAAAAAGUGUGAAGCAUUUUUUAAAGAUCAGCAUAGAAUAGACGAAUGAUAGAAUGUAGUUAUUCCACCUGUACCAUCAAUAUUUAUAUUUGCAUCUCAGGACAAUGUAAUAUCCGCAGCCUUUUCGCAAAGAAUACUCUACAAACUUUGUAAAUAGGUAAUAGCAUCAAAAAUGUGGAAUUUUUUGCGCGAUAUUAAUCUGCAAUAACAUAAUAAUGGAUAAAAAAGAAGAAUAGCGGUGCGAACUGCGUUGAGUACGUACGUAACUCGUUUACUCGUUCGCUGUAUAGUUUUGAUGUUUAUUAUAAAAAAGUAUAUACCGUAAAAAAAAUAUACAUAUAUAUAUAUUUACCUACACACAUUACACAAUUUUCUGACUAUAUAUGUAUGCUCACACUUUACAAUUUUAUAUAUAUAUAUAUAUA